CCUCCCCCUCUCUGAUGCACACUGACCCCGCGCCUCUGCCGCGAUAUUUGCGAUGUGGGCGGGUUUUGGUCGUUAUGAGUCGGGUGUAAAUCUCGGCAAAGCGGUUAUUGGAAGACAGGAUAAUUGAUGACCAAUGCCUCGAAUCAAUAAGACCAUCAUUUUGAUCCUGCUAACUGUGAUAAGUUUCAUUUUCCUGUUGUUUCAGCUGUAUUAUUAUAAUGAGUACUUUUCAUCAAAAAAUGAGUCUUACAUUUCUGAUUCCAAAGAAAGUUAUUCCAUCGAAGACAGUGUGCAUUGGAAAGUGGUCAAAAAGUUUCUGCGUUUAGCAUCAAUCCACAACAUUCCAUUAUAUCUCAUUGAUCCACUGGUUUUGGGACGGAUGAAUGAGGAUAUUCAGAGCGAAAAUACGGACAGUAGGUUGAACUGCAAGUACCUGUGUACACCCAGAGAGUUCACCACAUUUGCACUAUUGGACAAAUUUUGGAAAAAUGAAGUGUUUCUGAAGAAAGAAGCUGAAGAGGAGGGUUUUCAAUGGAUGGAGUUGAGUGGUAAAGAUCCGCGAUUGGCUGGAAUGGAUGGUCUCUCUGGUACAGAAAUUCCAUUGCACUGCAUCUUUAAGCUGCAGAAUCAUGCCAUCCACUUGGUGGUAUUUUAUGAAAGGAGUGGCAAUUUCCUCUGGCAUGGGCAGCUGCGGCUCAAGCAAAAUGCAGACAAAAAUUUUGUCCAUUUCCGCAAGCUGCAUUUUGGGCGUUAUCCUGGAGCCUAUAACAAACCUAAACUACAUCUGACUUCAGUUGAUGGAUUAGAAAUCCAAGUUCCUAAGCAAAUAGCAAACUUUCUAGAAGAGGUUUCACAAUCCAGGUUUGUUGAAUGCAGAUACAAGGAAGCAAGGAUGUUUUAUCAGGUAUACCCUGAGGACACAUCACAAGAUGCUAUGGAAUUUAGAAAAAAGGCAAAGGAUUUGCUUCAUCUGGCUGCAAAGAUAUUGAAUGGACAGAAGGUGCCAUUCUGGCUCAGCAGUGGAACAUGCCUAGGAUGGUUCAGACAGUGCAAUAUCAUUCCAUACAGUAAAGAUGUGGACUUGGGAAUAUUCAUAACGGAUUAUAAAGUUGACAUUAUCUCAGCGUUCCAGAGGGCUGGAUUGCCACUGAAACACAAGUUUGGUAAAGAAGAUGACAGUCUUGAGCUUUCCUUUCAGGCAGCAAAUGUGAAAUUGGAUAUAUUCUUUUUCUAUGAAGAGGAUGAUUACAUGUGGAAUGGAGGAACCCAGGCCAAAACUGGCAAAAAAUUCAAAUAUGUUUUUCCUAAAUUUACCCUGUGCUGGACUGAAUUUCUGGAACUGAAAGUGCGAGUCCCCUGUAAAACACUCCCAUAUGUGGAGGCAAACUAUGGCAAGAACUGGGCAAUUCCUAUAAGCAAUUGGGAUUGGAAAAAUUCACCAGCUAAUGUGCAAGAAAAUGGAAUUUGGCCUAUCCAGGACUGGGAUGAAGUCAUCCAGAUACAUUGAACAUGGCUUAAAACUAAAUGGAUUGAUAAGAGGAGGAUUGAUGUUAAAUCGACUUAACUACAAGGAAAAGGGUAGUCCAAUGAUAAUUCCCUCUGCUGGAACAGUUGCUAAAUGCUUGUCACACUACCAGAAACUGAGCAGGUCAAUGCUGUCUACUGUUAUUAUUGGUAUUUGAAGAUUUCCCUUUUGAUAUGUAAUCUAUGUCCUCUUUCAUAAUAUAGAAAGACAGUUUGAAGAUUAAAAUUAACUAAGAUUUAGUUUUCACAAAUGGAAUAACAUUCUAGCAGUAAAAGCGGUAGUUUAGAAUCAUUUUGUGAAUAUUAUGCUAAAGAAUGUUAUUUUAUUUCAGCUCAAAAUGUUAACUUAUUAUAUUUUAAAUUAUUUAUUUCAUGCAUGGAAUUCUGCAUUUAAAUUAAUGUUUUGGAAAGAUCACAUUCAGCUACUGAGUACAGAUGCCCUGUAAAAGGUUGCUGGAAAGCCUUAUGCAAAGGUACAUGGUGCUGUAGUGUUUAUUAUUCCAGAAAAGAGUUGAUCCAACCAAGAAAGUUUGUUUUCAAAACAAAUGCACCUUUCCCUUUUUCAUUAAUACGAUCCUUUUUGCCUCCUCCUGAUUUAUGUAUUGUCUUGAUUACUGAGCAAAUGUCUCCAUGGAACAGUCAUUCUAAUAUAAAUUAAUAUGUAAAUCUAAAUGCAGCAAAGUAGAAACUGUGAUUUCGACUGAGGGUAGAAAAACCUAUGGGUACAGGGAUGAUGGUGACAUGGUAUAAUGCUACUUUGGCCUCUGACUCCUUUUUGCUGUUCUUUCUGAAGUUUGUUUUGAAGGAGAUGUUCUUAAACCAUGACAGUUCUUCUAUUAGUAAGAGUAUUGGUUGUCUAGUACAAGUGUGCUGUAUAGAAUGUUGUAUUAUGGGUUUGAAAUUAUAUUAAUGUUCAAUAUAACUGCUGUAUAUAAAACUUGCCUGGGACAUUGAUGCAAGCUUUGUGAGACAUUUUUUAAGAUGCAACUCUUCGAUAUCAACCCAACCAGGCUGAUUCCGUAAUGACUCCAAGCACUCCAGCCAAAUGCAUAGGUUCCACUUUGCGCACAGCUAUAGCAAAAACCUGAUUUUCCUGAACCAGUACUGAGUGACAUUGCAUAGUGAAGCUACAAUAAACAUUAAAUUGAAGUCUAAGAUAAAAAUCAGUCACAUCACCCAUUUGUCUUUAAUGCAUCAGCACCGAAAUGGUGAAUGUUCAUUUCUUAAACUGUGCUCGAACAAGUUGUUCCAAUGAGUAGUUGCGCUGUGUAAUAUAAUCAGUCCCAAUGGUAGGUUGAUUUCAGCUCUCCUGAGUUAACUGUCCUCAGCCUGCAACGCAUUUGAAAGUAGGUGCAAUUAGCUUGUGUAUCCAGCCAGGUGGUCUGUCAGGUAAACUUACUAGAAACCUUUUAUAGUGAACUGACAUUUUGUGAAGGACUAUACGGGUUAAGUAACUGGGACAUCGGUCUGUGUUUGAGGUGCUAUUCCAUUUGCAGAGGAACACACUGUAUUAAAUAUGUAAAGGGUGAAUGAUACAGAAUAUUUGUUUUGCAGUGAAGGCUGCUGAUCACUGACCCGUUGAAAGUUCUUGCUGUGAAAUUUGUACUUUGUUUACCUGUUGAAGAUGUAUUUUGCUACUUUUACUGAAGUUUUGGAAUAAUAGUUCUUUGGUUUCACUGAACAAUAAUGUAAUAUUUGGAAUUUAACUGUUGUUUGAAUGCAAAAAUAACAAAAGCUUGGAUAAACAAUAAUGCGCUUUGAUUUGAUAUGCAUUGUGAGGGACAAGUAUGGGUUCUCUGAUUUAAAAAAAAGCUUUGCCAAA